AUGAAUCGCAGUCGCACAAUUACCCUCACGUUGUCAGCCUGUUUCCGACAAAAGCAGCUCUCCAACAGCAUCUUACCUGGCACCAGAGUUCGAAGCAGAAGUUGCAGCAGUUCCUCAGUCAUGCCUCCAUUUUCAUAUUGUCGACCUCAGACGAGUAUAACACCGUCAGAACAAUGUUUCAUUGAAGAAGCAAUGGCGUCCCCGCGUGGGCGCACGCGGGUGUGCUUUGCCGUGCAUGUGGAAAAUAUUCUUCCUGAUGAGUUUGUUAUGGUUGCUGGUUCAUGCGAAGAAUUAGGUAAAUGGGAUCCACAAAGCGCUAUCACUCUAACACAAGACGCUGAAAAUCCAACUCGAUGGAUGGGUUAUGUCAUGACAAAUGAUCAAUCAUUGAGUUUUCGAUAUUUUCUUGCUUAUAAAUUAAGUGGAGAGCUGGGAGAGCGUCUGAUUAUUUCGCGUUGGGAGUCAUUCCUUCAUCCUCGCUCGGUUCUUGUGCCCGCUGAACAAAGAAAUGGAGUAUGUCGAUCGAUGCAAGUUGAUCUUUUCGGAUAUUACGCUGGACAACGUUUGUUAUCUGAUGGAUGGUUGCAACAUAGUGAUGAAUACCAAAUCCUCCUUCGUAUCCACGGAAAGGCUCUGAAGUUCUUCAAGACUUCCAAAGAUCGCAGUAAUUGUCGAAUCCGCAUCACACCAUUGGAUGUUCGGAAAAAACAUGGGCUUGUGAAAGGCAUUUCCAUUUUGAAAAACGAUCAGGAAGCUGAAAGCUGUGUUGAUGAGGAAGAUGAUGAUGAAGACACAGGAACUGGAGUAUCUCCUUAUCCAACACAUUCCUCAACAGAUAUAGCUGUAUUAUCCGAUACAUCCCCAAGGUUCAGAAGACAAACAUGUACUGGCGCCGUAUUUAACAAUAACAAAGACUAUUUGGUGUUCAAAACACAUUCAGUGGCUGUUGACUUUCUGGCAUUCUAUGUUGAAGUCUUCUCUGAGGAGCAAAAGCGUAUUGGAGCUUGUUAUGCUUUACCUGGGUCUUUGUCAGAUAGUUUUGGAGCGACACAGCUUCCAUUCAUUAAUUCAUCGGGGCGCCCUAUCGGUCAAAUCUCAAUUGAAUAUUUAUUUGUACGCAGUCUCCAGAAGACUGUCCCUUAUCAGACUAUGGAGAAAUCCUUCUCACGCUAUUGGAAAAAGCGAACAACACUCGAAGUUGGUCACAGAGGAGCUGGUAGUUCAUAUACAAAACUAGCUAUGACUAGAGAGAACACUGUGCAAUCGCUAAAUACUGCAGCCAAGAACGGCGCAGACUUUGUAGAGUUUGAUGUUCAACUAACGAAAGAUAAAGUUGCCGUCAUUUAUCACGACUUUCAUGUUUUGGUUUCUGUAGCUAAACGUGGUGUUAAUUCAUCACGAAUGGAUGAAGGUGUCGAUUAUCACGAAAUCGCUAUAAAGGACUUGAAGCUGAACCAGUUAAAACUGCUAAACCUCGAUCAUGUUAGCAAACGCGAAGCCAAUAGCAGGACAGAGAUUGAAGAGAAAGAUGAAGGAGAUGAUCUGAAGCCAUUCCCAACACUUGUCGAAACUUUAAAUAAAGUUGAUAAGGAUGUUGGUUUCAAUGUUGAAGUUAAAUACCCAAUGAUGCAAACGAAUGGCGAACAUGAAUGUGAUCAUUACUUUGAGCGAAAUGAGUUUGUUGAUAUAAUAUUGGCGGACAUUUUAAAUCAUGCAAAUGGCAGACGGAUUAUGUUCAGUAGUUUUGAUCCCGAUAUUUGCUCAUUAAUUUCUAUCAAACAAAACAAAUAUCCUGUACUGUUCCUAUGUGUUGGCGAAACUACCAGAUAUACGCCAUUCUCCGAUCAACGAACAAGUACUAGUUUGACAGCUGUCAACUUUGCCGCUGGAGCAGAUAUUUUGGGAGUGAACUUCAAUUCGGAAGAUCUCUUAAAAGAUCCAUUCCCAGUUCAGAGAGCCAGUGAAUUUGGAUUAGUUAGUUUCGUUUGGGGUGAUGAUUUGGAUAAGAAGGAAACAUUGAACUACUUCAAACGCGAACUAGGAGUCGAUGGUCUAAUCUACGAUAGAAUUGGAGAAGAAGAAGGCCGAAGGAACGUUUUCUUAGUGGAGAGGGAGCAGAAGAGAGCCAUAUUCUUGGCAUCAUCUGGCCAUAGUACACCAAGAGCUCCAUCUCCUGUGGAUUCUGUCAGUUCAACAUCUUCCAACUUCAGUGAAGUUGUAUCGCCAAAGAGAGUUGACAUGCCGCAAUUGGAUUUAGAAAUUAAUAAAAUCAACAUUCAUAAUCAAUCUCCACGGGUACAGAUUACUCAGUCUUAG